GAAGAUGAGGAUGAGGAUGAGGAUGAAGAUGAGGAUGAAGAUGAAGAUGAAGAUGAAGAUGAAGAUGAAGAUGAAGUGAAAAAGUCCUUCAGCAAUGUCUUAAAGAUGAAGAACCCAUCAGCUCCCCGCCAUAUCUGGCUUAUCCGCUUUUAUGAAUACCUUCAGUCACUAGCAGGAAAAGCUUUGACAAAGGUGCAGGCAGACCAGCACGCAAGUCAGAUAUACCUGAUGUUGCAGUCCAUAGAUCCUACAGGGACAGAAAUAGCCUGCAUUACCGACAGCCAAGGAAAAGCAGUUUGGGAAUGGGCCAAGCCGUUAUUAGAUGAGAAGAAAAAAAGGCCAGGGACUAUCAUUUCUUAUUUGACGUCUCUUGAAAAGUUCUACAAAUUUAUCAUACGCUGCCAGGACGAGGAAGAACCCCUUCUGCAAGUCACGCCAGCUUUGUUAAAGUCAGUCAAGACUGCGUACAACGACUUGGCAGCCUGGCGUGCUGUGAUCCGAAAGCAUUACAAAGGUGAUGAAUGGAGAAGACAGCUGGCAGAGAUGAAGUCUCGCCUUCGGCCGGAAGAUGUCAGAGACAUCAAUGAAACAAAGCCAGCCAAAAAAGCAGAUGCCCUCCUAAAGAAGGCCCCUUACACAAAGCUUACCAUCCACCAAUUUUGUCUAGUUAGAGACUUUCUGAUAGCUAGCCUCGAAUUUCAGAAUGGACAGCGUCCUGGUCCAUUCGAAACCAUCUUGUUGGAGGACUUCCAGGAUGCCGAAAUUGAUCAGGAUUCUGGAACAAGAACAAUUUACGCCCCCCAACACAAAACAUCGACUGCCGGGCCAGCCCCAAUCUCCAUGUCCAAAUCACUCAGCAAAAAGAUGGAAACUUAUAUCAAACACGUCCGCACCAUUUUC